AUGCGUGUCGCCAGCGCUGUAGUUGCCAUGUUCCUGGGCCUUUGUGCCACAGCCGUUGCUGGUGAAGAACCAAAAGUCAUUGGCUAUUUCCAAUCUCCCAAUGGCGCGCAAUCUCCAUUCCCAGUGACCGUCCAUGACGGCGAGUGUGAGGACUUCCACGACUCUUGGGUUAUGUCUGCGGAUCUCCCCAAAGGCUAUGACUGUGUCUUCUAUUCUCAACUUCACUGCCAGGGAAGAGAGACGGAACACUUCACAGAGAAUGUUUCCAGGUUCAAAUUCGAAGUCCGCAGCUUCCUAUGCAAGCCUGUGUCUGACCCCAAGCCAACCCAGCCUGAACCUACCCAACCUACCCCCACGCCUACUCCCACGCCCACUCCUACGCCCUCUUCGUAG